ACCAGCCCUCUCAGCAGGUGGCUUGUGCGGGGCGGGGCGAGCGAGCCCCUCCUCCUCCUCGCCUCGCCAUUGGCUAUAAGGAGGCCCGGGGGGCGCCUGGCCGCCAGAAAGUGAGUCGCAGGUGGUGCCGUCGGGGGAAGCGCAGUGCGAGGGCGCGGCAAGCGAGCGAGGUCACCAAUGCAGUCUUGCGUCCAGUGGUGGGGGCGGCUGGUGGGCCGGGGGGCCAGCCUGCACGGACCCCACGGCGGAGCCUUGGGGGGCAAGAAGGCGCCCGGCCGAUGGGGAGGACGCAGGGAGCAGCAGAGGCUGGCUGGGGUGAGGAGGAGCAGCAGCGCCGUCGGGGAAAGCGCCGUCGCCGCCGCUGCCGCCUCUCCAAACACCUCGAGGCGCAUCGAGAGACUCCUGCCCAGGCACGAUGACUUCUCCGAGAGGCACAUCGGCCCGGGGGACAAAGAGAAGCGAGAGAUGCUGCAGACGGUGGGGCUGUCGAGUAUUGACGAGUUGAUCGAUAAAACCAUUCCUGGCAACAUCCGCUUGCAACGGCCUCUGAAGAUGGAUGACCACAUUUGUGAGAAUGAAAUUCUUGAAACUUUACACAGUAUUGCCAGCAAGAACAAGAUCUGGAGAUCGUAUAUUGGCAUGGGUUAUUACAACUGUUCAGUCCCUCAGGCCAUUGUGAGGAAUAUGCUGGAGAACGCAGGAUGGGUUACCCAGUACACCCCUUACCAGCCAGAGGUAUCUCAAGGAAGGCUGGAGAGUCUAUUAAAUUAUCAAACAAUGGUGUGUGACCUCACAGGAAUGGACGUGUCGAAUGCAUCUUUGCUAGAUGAAGGAACUGCUGCAGCCGAAGCUAUGCAGUUGUGCCACAGGCAUAAUAAGCGGAGGAAGUUUUAUGUCGACAUCCGAUGCCAUCCUCAGACGAUAGCAGUGGUGCAAACCAGAGCAAAUUACACCGGCAUUAUUGUUGAGUUGAAGUUGCCUCAUGAAAUGGACUUCAGUGGCAAAGAUGUCAGCGGCGUUUUGUUCCAGUACCCAGAUACCGAGGGGAAGGUGGAAGAUUUCACUGCAUUUGUUGAUCAAGCCCAUCAGAACGGGACUCUAGUCUGCUGUGCUACUGACCUGCUAGCUCUGUGCAUCUUGAGACCUCCAGGAGAGUUUGGUGUUGAUGUCGCUCUGGGCAACUCCCAGAGGUUUGGGGUGCCUCUUUGUUAUGGUGGGCCACACGCAGCCUUUUUUGCUGUCAAGGAGAACCUGGUGCGAAUGAUGCCUGGAAGAAUGGUAGGAGUUACAAGGGAUGCUAAUGGAAAAGAAGUGUAUCGACUUGCAUUGCAAACCAGAGAACAGCAUAUAAGAAGGGAUAAGGCUACAAGCAACAUAUGCACUGCGCAGGCACUUCUGGCUAAUAUGGCUGCUAUGUUCGGAGUCUACCAUGGCGCUAACGGACUAAAGCACAUUGCUAGGAGGGUGCAUAAUGCCACUCUCAUCUUAGCUGAAGGUCUGAAGAGAGCUGGUCAUAAACUGCAACAUGACCUAUUUUUUGAUACCUUGAAAAUCCAGUGUGGAUGUGGCGUCCAAGAAGUCUUGCUCCGAGCAGCCCAGAGGCAGAUAAACCUCCGGAUUUACAAUGAUGGUACACUUGGAGUAUCUCUAGAUGAAACUGUAACUGAGAAAGACCUGGAUGACUUGUUAUGGAUCUUUGGUUGUGAGUCUUCCGCUGAACUGGUGGCUGAGAGCAUGGACGGAGAAACGAGAGGUAUUUUUGGCACUGCGUUUAAGAGAACAUCGAAAUUCCUAACACAUCAGGUAUUCAACAGCUAUCACUCUGAAACAAAUAUUGUGCGGUAUAUGAAGAGAUUAGAAAACAAAGAUAUUUCCUUAGUUCACAGCAUGAUUCCUUUGGGAUCCUGUACAAUGAAGUUGAAUAGUUCAUCAGAACUUACACCUAUUACGUGGAAAGAAUUUGCCAAUAUCCACCCCUUUGUACCUCUAGAUCAGGCUCAAGGAUACCAGCAGCUUUUCAGGGAGCUUGAGAAGGAUCUGUGUGAGAUAACAGGCUAUGACAGAAUUUCUUUUCAACCGAACAGUGGAGCUCAAGGCGAAUAUGCUGGACUUGCUGCAAUCAAGUCUUAUUUAAAUUCAAAAGGAGAAUGGCACAGAAGUGUUUGUCUCAUUCCUAAAUCUGCCCAUGGCACUAACCCAGCCAGUGCUCAGAUGGCAGGGAUGAAGAUUCAGCCAGUAGAAGUGGAUAAAAAUGGAAGCAUCGAUAUCGUUCAUCUUAAGGCUAUGGUGGAUAAACACAAGGAAAACCUGGCAGCUAUCAUGAUCACAUACCCAUCGACCAAUGGUGUCUUUGAAGAGGAUAUCAGUGAUGUCUGUGACUUGAUUCACAAACAUGGAGCCCAGGUUUACCUAGAUGGAGCAAACAUGAAUGCUCAGGUUGGUUUGUGCCGUCCUGGAGACUAUGGGUCAGAUGUCUCUCAUUUAAAUCUCCACAAAACCUUCUGCAUUCCUCAUGGGGGAGGAGGACCUGGAAUGGGACCGAUUGGAGUGAAGAAGCAUUUGGCUCCUUUCCUGCCCAGCCACCCUGUCAUUGCAUUGCAGCACGAAAAGGAUUCCAGCCCACUGGGAACCAUCAGUGCUGCUCCUUGGGGGUCCAGUGCUAUAUUGCCUAUUUCCUGGGCUUAUAUCAAGAUGAUGGGAGGAAAAGGUCUCAAGCAUGCAUCAGAGAUUGCAAUAUUAAAUGCUAACUACAUGGCAAAGAGACUAGAGAAGCACUACAAAGUCCUUUUUAAGGGAGCCAGAGGUUAUGUAGCUCAUGAAUUUAUUUUGGACACCCGACCUUUCAAGAAGACAGCAAAUAUUGACGCUGUGGAUGUCGCUAAACGGCUUCAGGAUUAUGGAUUCCACGCUCCAACAAUGUCCUGGCCAGUGGCAGGUACUCUGAUGAUUGAACCAACAGAGUCUGAAGACAAGGCAGAGCUAGACAGAUUUUGUGAUGCAAUGAUCAACAUCCGACAAGAAAUUGCUGAUAUAGAGGAAGGAAGAAUGGAUUCUCGAGUUAACCCAUUAAAGAUGUCACCACAUACCUUGACCUGCAUUGCUGCUCCUAACUGGGACCGUCCUUACUCCAGAGAAGUAGCUGUUUUUCCAUUGCCAUUUGUAAGACCUGAAAAUAAAUUCUGGCCCACAAUUGCUCGAAUCGACGACAUUUACGGAGAUCAACAUCUGGUUUGUACCUGCCCGCCGAUGGAAGUCUACGAGUCUCCUUUUGCUGAACAGAAGAGAGCAUCAUCUUAGGGUCAGUCUCCCCUCGCCUUACCCUGUUCCUUUUUAGGUGACCAGGCUCGACCUCCCUUGCUACACUUCAGGAAGGAUGGGCUCUUCUGCCCAGUGAACCAUUUUUUUUAUACGGUGUAUAUUUUUGUAAUCUCCAUUCUGUUGAUUAAAUUUCUGUGCAGCUAUGUAAAUAUACUUUAGGUGGAAACAAACUGACUUGAUGCAGUGCCUCAGUUUCCACAGCAGUUCAUGCUGACGUGGCCUUGAUUUAACACUCUUUGAUCAAUUCAGGACCAAGGCUGCUUUCCUGUGUUGAGGAGCACUAAACAUAGAACGGUAUGUGUAAAAAUAGAACCCUUUUUUUUUUUGUUAAACUGGGCCCUGACAAUACUUGUGUGAUAGAGAGCAAUCCCAGUUUAUUUUGAAUAACGCCUAUACUGUGGGAUUCUUUUUUGGGCUGAGGCUGUUUGGUGGCUAAAAUUAUAGUCAUUAUUCACUUUGUAUGAACUGAAAGACAGAGACCACAAUAUGCUGAAACAAAGGAAAGUAAGCUCCUCUGUACCUCACUUUGUAUUAGAUUGUGGCUAUAUACUUUUGUAGUUUGUAUUAAUUAAAUUUAUAUAUUGCUUCUAGUGUUGAUAAUGUCAUUUAAGGAACUCGUUUUUUCUUUUUUAAACUCCCUGUGGUAGCAUUCCAAUAAAAUCUAGAAGUUGUAAUAGCUUUUGAAACCUGAUUUCAAAGUCUGAUUAAAAACAAGAUUUUCUGAA